AUGAUCGAAGGGAAACCGAAGUGUGUGCCAGAAGCGCUAAGUCGUCGAAGUCAAGAAGAUUCCAAUCCAUGUGCAAGUAAAUCUUGUCCCGUGGGCACCGAAUGCAGGCUGCAGCAAGUUCAGUGCAUAAGGGCACCUUGCCCUCCGCUCGCUGUAUGCGAAACUCCCGCUGGCAACAAUAAAUGUGGUGUGAAUGAGACAUUCAAGGAAUGUGCUACCAAGUGCGAGCCUACUUGUGCUAAUAAAUCACCGAUUUGCAUUGAAAUGUGUGCACCAGGCAAAUGCCAGUGCAAGCCAGGAUUUUACCGUAACACCACCGGUCAAUGUGUGACUGAAGCCGAUUGUGUCUCUCGCGCUUCAUCGAUGUUCCCUAAAUGUGGCACUAACGAAGUUAUGACACUCUGCACCUCUUUAUGUGGUGAGCCCACAUGUGGAGCACCAGAACAGAAGUUAUGUACCGCUGGUUGUGGGCCAGAAGGAUGCAAAUGUGCUAUGGGAUAUUUAAGGGACAGCAAUGGCAGCUGUGUGACACCAGACAAAUGCCCCCCAAGCUCCAACAAUCUUACUGCCACUGCCAAACCACCAUCAAAACCGCUAACUAAUCUUCCAGGUUAA